AGCAACUCAUCAGAGGGCAAGGCAUGACUGUCACGCCCGAAACUCUAUUCCUGGCAAUGCUGGCUCUGCUUGCCGCGGCCCCUGGGGCUAGAGCAGAAACUCACUGGGCCUACCUGCCUAACCCACCUCUGCUGCAGCCAGUGACGUGGCAGCAUGGAGAGGUACCUGUGUACACCAACGACACAUGGACCAUGGGGGGCCAUUCCAGCAGGCACCUGCGAGCAGCGCGUGCUCCGGACUUUUCUUAUUCAGGACACACUAGUGACCAGCCUAUUUGUUUCUCACGAACUGACCAGGUAGCCGGUUGUUUUCUGCUUAAAACUACUAAGACUGAGUCGCUCCUGCCAACUGCGACAGGGGUUUUUUAUGUCAAUGGAACGGCGAGGACCUGGGUUCAAUCAGCUCUGAACUGGACGCGGUGGUACGUGGACAUCUGGUACCCUACUGGGAAUGCCGCAGGCCAUCCUUCUGGAGCCCCCCCUGGGGAGAUCUCCAUAUGUGAGGCUGACGUUGUCAACCGUACCCAGCAGCCGCAUUGGUUGAGCUGCCGGGGGAAAAAUAGUAUAUUGAUUAAUGUGACAGGGGGAUACCCGCUACAGGACUGGUCAGCUAAGGGCCCAAAAUGGAAGGCGCUGGCCGAGUCCUUUUGGUCAGUACAGAAAGGGCCAAUGCAAUCUCAGCUAUGGAGGCUUACGGCAGCAAUGGGAGGGGACAUCAUAAUGAAUGAGAAACGGGGCAAUGCAACUGUACAAAUGGGCACCACACAAUUCUACCGAAAGGUGCAGGCCUGCGUUCCCGAGCCUUAUGCUCUUCUUGUGGGGUCACUUAAUAUUUCACGGAGUGGAUCCUGGUGGACUAUUGCAUGCCAUAACUGUACCCUUAGCACUUGUGUAUAUAACAUAUCUCAGGAUGAGUGGUCUUUGCAGAAAAAAGCUUAA